AUGGGAACAGUAGUUAUUGGUAGGUGUUAAUGUUAAUGCUAUAUAAACUAUGUUUCAUGUGAUUGCACAUGCUAAGAAAAUGAAAUAAGAACAGAAAGGAGAACUAAUCGAUUUACUGAUAAUCUUGAUAAGAGAAAUAAAAAAAAAAAAUCGCCUGGUGAUUCUACAGAAAGACUUUCAAGAUUUUCCUCUACUAGAAAACCAUCUAGUAGAUCAAGCUCUUUAAAGUCCAAAUACUUGCAAUCUAAUGAAUGUAAUAUUGAAACAGAUGAAUCCUCUUAAGCAAGAAUCAAAAGAAAACUUAAAUUUAAUCCUUCAUUUGUAAAGUCCUCUAAAUUAUAUAACUUUGGUGAAUAUACUUUGAAAAGUCAAUCUGUAGUACAUUAGUAAUCAAUUAUUGAACAUAAAAAAAAACCUUAAAGUCCAAAAGUUUCUUAAAAUGAAAAAAGUAAUCAACCAUUUAAAACUGAUGAUAAUAAUAAGGAAGAGAAAUAUGAAUACAGACCUUUUAAAAAGGCAAAUAAGUAUUAACAGCUCUUUUUUAAAUGA